AAAGUUCCCACUAACUCUGGUAAUAUUUAACGGGAUGGUUUUGGGUGAAAUGACGGAGCUGAGCAGGCACGAGGAAGAAGCUGCAUGUUUGAGAUGUUUUCAUUGUGUAAUCUGCCGGUCGUCCACAGAGACAUCAGGCACAGGAUCAUUUAACACAGAAUAAUUCACUAACUGGAUUACCUCAAACAUGGACAUCCUUCUGUUGUUGGUGCUUCUGGUUUCAUGCAGGAUUGAAGCAGGUAGAGCCCAGAUGGAGCUGACACCUUCAAGUCUGACGGUCGUGCGGGGAGAUGUGGCCAGGUUCUCCUGCAGUGCCUCCAGCUCUGCUUGGACCAUCAUGUCGUGGCUGUUGAAUGGUAGAUCUGUGCUAACGAUCUCCAAAGAGCAAGGUGUGAUGCCCGUCGUUUUCCCAAACAUCACAGCUGAGAACUGUUCCAAAUCAAAGACAGACUGCUGGGCCCUGAUCCUGAACAGCACACAGAGAAGCAACCAAGGAGACGUGACGUGUGAUCUCCAGCAGAUUGACUCCAGAACAGCCAAACUAUUUGUUGAAGAAAAAGGAACGGUGAAAAUCUUUGGCGACAGCAGAUUGGCCUUUAAGGGUGACUCCGUUCUGUUUCAGUGUCAAGCAGCAGGAUGGUUCCCUAUACCUCGUCUGCAAUGGGAGGUGUACAACAAAAAGGUGAGCCUGGAUGAAUACAACAUCAGCAGCACAGAGAUGGAGAGGAACCUCUUCACUGUGUCCAGUGACCUCACCGUUACGGCUGAGAGGAGCUCUCGAGUGGACUGUCUGGCCUCUGUUCCGGCCCUUUCCACACCUCUGAGGACCAGUGUCAGUCUAACAGUGGUUGCAGAGGUGUUGCAUGAAAAAGGUGAAGACUGCACGGUCCUGUUGGGACUGACCGCCGCAUUCUCUGCCCUUCUGCUGCUCGUGCUCGUCUCCUGCUCCGCCGUCCUCUGCUACAGGCGAAGGAGAAAWCUAAAGAAAAACCCACAGGAGGGAACGAGGUCCGACCAAUCAUCGUAUGGGAACAGCUCAGUUGCUGAAGUGACUGGUGGGAAGGUCAACUUCAGCUUCUCUGAUGACGGCCCAACAGAUGUGCACAGCAGUACGGUCACCAUUGGAAAUCAAAACCGGAUGAGCUUUUCCACAUUUCAUACGGUCCCUGACGUUGUGCACUCCAGCAGCGUCUCUCUGCACACCGAGAGUCAAACCACAGAGUUUCAGGAGGAUGAAAUCGACAUCAUCAGGAGAAUCACCACAGUCUGAAGCUUUUAGUUUUGUAUUGUUUGCAUGCAAUGUUUCCUCUGCUAGGAUUCUGCAUUUUAAUUUUUUUACUUUAAUGUGUUUUCAGUAAACAAUUCGUUUUGCACUUUGAUGUCUCUUCCUUGUAUUCAUAUAUCCCAACACAAGCUACAAUGAUCCAUCAUUAUUCAUUGUAAGUUAUUGUGGACAGAAAUGUAAACCACACCUUUAUGUGCUGACUCAGCAGAUA